CUCGCGGAAAAAAGUAAUUGCCGCUGGACCGACAAAGCUCAGCAAUCGGCAUUUAGCCGGUGGAUACCAGGUAUUCGUUGGGUGCAUCGCCAUUAGCAGUUUUGUUUUUGUUCUGGAACUACUUUCCGAUCGAUUGGAAAUUGCCGGAAGGAUAUUGCGGGUCAUUAGGCAUUGAAUGCAGUAGUAAUUGAUGGCACAUUUGUUGUAUAUAAAUUGUGUCGUUUUCUUGUCAGGAUUUAUUUUCUUACGGAACAUGGCGUCAAUGCCAUGGGUAAUUCUUUUAUUUGCGGGGUACAGUUUAGCAACGGUUGACUACGAUUCAGCUGAAUUGGUGGCCAGAAUUAUUGACAAAUACUACGUCCAACGGCAAGUGCCGUUGUUAAUACAGAGUGAACCACGCGCUAGGAUAGUGGACCAUGUUAUCGGUCAGCUGCAGUUCUCUAGGGCGAUUCAGUUCGAUUCGUUCAUUAUUGGACACCAAUCCUGGCACUACGUGUUAUCUUUCAUCGAAAAAUAUGCCGAUUUACAGGACAAUGAAAUCCUGUACAGUUCGGAAUUGUUCAAUCCCUUCGGAUACUACAUCGUUGUGUUUCAGCACAUCGCCGAAGCUGAAAUCAAAUCUGCAUUUGAGACAUUUUGGAACCUUCAAAUCACCAGGGUUGUAAUCGUCGUUACAAACGAAGACCAACCGCGACUGUACAAUUAUUCACCAUACGACAGAAACAAGUGUGGAACACCUAACAUCAACCGAAUCAACAUUUCCGAAUCGUCACAGCUAUUCCAAGCCAUGUUCAACGAUUUUCAUAACUGCCCCCUCAAAAUGGGCACCUUCGAGUCACCUCCCUUCAUACACAUCGCACAGCCGCCGGACAACGGACAACCCGCUGUAGACGGUUUCGAAGGGGACCUCAUUAAUACCAUCGCUCGGAAGUUCCACUUCAGUUUGCAGAUCAUGCUACCCCCGGAUGGUGCCCAGUGGGGCAUCGCUCGACGCAACGGCAGUACCGGCUUGAUGAAGAUUCUACAGGAUGAAAUGGUACACUUCGGAAUAGGUUGUCUUGGAUUGAUAGCUGAUCGGAACGAGAUUCUUGCACCUGGACGGCCACACUACGCAUCAAGGGUGCUUUUCGUCGUUCCCGAUGGUCGGCCGUAUACAGCCGUCGAGAAGUUAUUUCGUCCGUUCAACUGUAAUGUCUGGAUCGCGGUAGCCGUCACAAUUGGCUUGGCUGGCCUCACAGUCCUAGUUCUUCAGUUUACAUCUAUCACGAUUCGAGAAUUCAUCUACGGAGAAAAUAACCGAAGCGCUUUCUUCAACACGAUUGGCGUUUUCUUUACCGGAUCCGUUGAACGAGCUCCGAAGCGGAAUUUCGCUAGAACUCUUCUGUUUCUUUGGAUAAUGCACUGCUUCGUAAUCCGAUCGCUUUACCAAGGGUUACUGUUCAAGUAUCUUCGCGGCGAGGCAACCCACAAAGCGGUAGAGACUCUAGAAGAGAUCGAACAGUCAGAUUUACACUAUCACAUGCUUAAGAUUUCCGAGAGAUUCUUUCAAGGAAACAGCCGAGUGUUAGGCCGCGUUCGUACCAUCCAACCGGGGAACGACAGCCUGAACGUCGCAAUGGAUGCCGUUGCUACGAAACAGCUGCUCGACGGUGUCGUUAUGGUAUCUUCCGAGCACGUCGCUUUCCACAACAAACACAGAAUCGACAAAGGAUUCAUAAGGAGUACCCGGGAUAACAUAGCAACCCUGCCGAUUGUGAUAUACUAUCCGAAGCGGUCGUUUCUGGUGCCGGAAUUCAAUCGGGUGAUCGGUCAGAUCCAGAUGGCCGGCCUGAUGAGCUACUGGGUUCAGCGAUACGGUAACUACGAUUUCUUCCCUAGGAAGGAAAGCAAAGAACAGCAACCGGUGCCGAUGGAUGUUCGGCAGCUGACGGGAUGCUACGAAGCGUGUGCUGUUCUGUGGGUUCUAAGCUUCGUUGUGUUUCUGCUCGAGUGUUGGUCGCGGAAGCUGCGACUGCUGCGAAUCGUUUUGGAGUUUCUUGCUAAACAGUAG